UGAGGCUAGCUCAGUCCUAAUCAAUAAUCCGUGCUGUUCAGUCGAGUUUUCGGUAUCACUCCUCCAAGUUUAAGACACGCGUUGAGUUCCACAGUCGUUGAAUUUAAGGAUCCGAAUAACUUUGCAUUCUGAGAAGAGGAAAAAAAAUCCUACGUGUGCAUUUUAAUUAAACAACCCACACCUGUUGUUGUUGUUUUGGAAUCUCCAGAAGCCGUUCCGCGAGAAAAAAAAAAUAGACUUAAGCGCAGUAGCGCAGUUAUUCCUCGAGGUCAAUCCAGCCGUAAAACUUCGAGAUUAACUCGAUUAACUCAGCACUUGGGAGCUGCUGCACUUGAACUGCAAUCGUCAAUCACACACAAAAGUGUAUCAGCGAGCGCCCGGUCAAUUGCAACGCGAGGUGCAACUAUCACUUUACUCCAGCUUGAGGCAGCUGAUAGAUUAAUUGCUCGACCCCCAUCAGAAUAUAGUGUAUUGGUCGAUUCAUUCAUAGACGUGAGUUAAGGGUGUGUGAAAAAAACAACAGUUCUAGUAAAGGCGUGUUGUUACAAGAUGAGUGACAAGGUUUGUCGGAACGGAAAUGGCGAAAGCAACGGAUCCAGCCACCAGGCCGUAGUUAAUGGAAUCAGUGAGGAGGAGAAAAUUGCCGGGGUCUUCUACAGUGCCAAGGAAUCGACGGGGUUCACCUACGACACCCUGCAGGAAAUUGCCAACCAUCUGCUUCAGCGAACCACCCUGCGGCCAAAGAUCGGAAUCAUCCUCGGAACCGGAUUGGGCUCGUUAGCAAACCAACUGACGGAUGCGGACUACAUCGACUACCAGACCAUUCCACAUUUUCCCGUUUCUACCGUCGAGGGCCACGUGGGCCGCCUUAUCUUCGGCUAUCUGAAGGGAGUUCCGGUCAUGUGCAUGCAGGGUCGAUUCCACUACUACGAAGGCUAUCCACUGGCUAAGUGUUCCAUGCCAAUCCGGGUGAUGAAACUGGUCGGCUGUACCCACCUGAUCGCGACGAAUGCCGCCGGAGGAAUCAAUCCGAACUUCAAAGUCGGCGACAUUAUGCUGAUGAAGGAUCACAUCAACAUUAUGGGCUUUGCCGGAAAUAAUCCACUUCAAGGACCGAACGACACCCGAUUCGGACCCCGAUUCCCAAACAUGGUCAACGCUUACGAUUGGAAGCUGCUGAAGAAAGCUAAGGAAUUCGGCAAGGACAUGGGCAUCGAGAACGAUCUGCACGAGGGCGUUUACAUCUGCCUGGGAGGGCCAAACUUCGAAACGGUGGCCGAACUGAAAAUGCUCCGGAUUUGGGGAGUUGACGCUGUAGGAAUGUCAACCGUUCACGAAAUUACUACGGCCGUCCAUUGUGGUAUGACCUGUUUCGCGUUCAGUUUGAUCACCAAUCUUUGUGUGCCGGAGUACGAUACCGAGGAAACGCCCUGCCACGAGGAUAUUGUCGGAAUCGGUAAGGGCAAAGAGGCCACCCUAACGGAGCUGGUCGCCCGAGUGGCCAAACACAUCCAGAUGGAGUCCAAGAAAUAAGAGGAGCAUUUAUCCUAGGCCGCCGGAGUUCGAAAAAUCUCUCGUUUUAAUUUUAAUUUAUCAUAGGUCUUAGCGCGAUAUUUACUAGCAAUCUUUUGGAAUUGUUUUCAGGAAAGUAAGAGAUUUUAAACUGUUGUUUUUAGCGAAGAGUUUUAGACUUUUAAGACGGAUAGAUUU